AAUGUAGCGAGCGCGGCGAGCAGGAUACAAUGUAGCCAGGGCGGCGGCGGUCAGGUGGGAUGCUAUGGAAUAUGAUGAGAAGCUGGCCCGGUUCCGGCAGGCCCAUCUCAACCCCUUCAACAAGCAGCUCGGGCCGAGGCAGCAUGAGCAGCGGGCCGGUGAGGAGGCCCCGGACGUUGCUUCUGAAGAGACCCUGCCUGAGCCGCCCGCCGGGGAGCCGGAGUUCCGCUGCGCCGAGCGCGUGAUGGAUCUUGGGCUGUCUGAGGACCACUUCUCCCGCCCCGUGGGCCUGUUCCUGGCGUCGGACGUCCGGCAGCUGCAGCAGGCCAUCGAGGCGUGCAAGCAGCUGAUCCUAGAGCUGCCCGAGCACUCCGAGCGGCAGAAGGACGCCGUCGUGAGGCUCAUCCACCUCCGGCUGAAGCUCCAGGAGCUGAAGGACCCCAAUGAAGACGAGCCCAACACCCGCGUCCUCCUGGAGCAUCGCUUCUACAAGGAGAAGAGCAAGAGCGUCAAGCAGACGUGCGACAAGUGCAACACCGUCAUCUGGGGGCUCAUUCAGACCUGGUACACCUGCACAGGGUGUUCCUACCGCUGCCACAGCAAGUGCGUGAACCUCAUCUCCAAGCCCUGCGUGCGCUCGAAGGUCAGCCACCAAGCCGAGUACGAGCUCAGCAUCUGCCCGGAGGCCGGGCUGGACAGCCAGGACUACCGCUGCGCCGAGUGCCGCGCGCCCAUCUCUCUGCGGGGUGUGCCCAGCGAGGCCCGGCAGUGCGACUACACGGGCCAGUACUACUGCAGCCACUGCCACUGGAACGACCUGGCCAUCAUCCCUGCGCGCGUCGUGCACAACUGGGACUUUGAGCCCCGCAAAGUGUCCCGCUGCAGCCUGCGCUACCUGGCGCUGAUGAUGUCACGGCCGGUGCUCAGGCUCCGAGAGAUCAACCCUCUGCUGUUCAACUACGUGGAGGAGCUGGUGGAGAUCCGGAAGCUGCGCCAGGACAUCCUGCUCAUGAAGCCGUACUUCAUCACCUGCAGGGAGGCCAUGGAGGCUCGUCUGCUCCUGCAGCUCCAGGACCGGCAGCACUUUGUGGAGAACGAUGAGAUGUACUCGGUCCAGGACCUGCUGGAUGCGCACACAGGCCGCCUGGGCUGCUCGCUCACGGAGACCCACACGCUCUUCGCUAAGCACAUCAAGCUCGACUGCGAGCGGUGCCAGGCCAAGGGCUUCGUGUGCGAGCUCUGCAGAGAAGGCGACGUGCUGUUCCCCUUCGACAGCCACACGUCCGUGUGCAGCGACUGCUCCGCCGUCUUCCACAGGGACUGCUACUACGACAACUCCACCACGUGCCCCAAGUGCGCCCGGCUCACCCUGCGGAAGCAGUCUCUCUUCCAGGAGCCUGGCCCGGACGUGGACGCCUAGAGCCAGGACGCCCCUCCUGGGCCCGUCGGGAGCCCACCCCGCUGGCCAUCGCCAAGGCCAAGGCGUUUCUUGUGCUCUGGAGCCCCCGAGGGGCAGUCCCGGGACCUCGGCCCACGCUGGGCCCGAGGGGCAUGAGCACCGCAGGCACUGCUGUCCCCGGGAGAGGACGCCCCGGCGGGGACGCCAGGCGGUGCCGGGCUGUUUCCCAGGCCUGCUGCUGCGAGUGCUGGUGUGCGCCCCCGCCCCUGCGG